UAUAUAUAAAGGAUUUAGUAAAACUCUAAUUUUGUAUUUUUUCACGAUAAUAACAGUAUUUGGUGCAAAAAAGAUUCUUUAGACUGCAUUAAAAAAAUGACUCUAGCGAACAAAAUAACUUUUAUUUAAUGAUUUAUUCAAAUUAAAAGGCGACCGCAGAGGUAGAUAAUUCAAACCAGAACAUAUACUGUGUAGAGGUUCCAUGGAAGAAGUUGCCAUCAUUUACAGUAAAAUAAAAAUAAGCGAAACUAUUCAAAGUUAAACAGACGUGUGCUGUCGCUGAAUUUUAAUAGAGACCUCGAUUGUUUAAGCCGUCGAUUUCAGAGAGAGAGAGAGAGAGAGAGAGAGAGAGAUAUGCAAUGAAUGAUGUCUGGCCAUAGGCGAGGUAUUGAUUAAAAUACAAAGCAACUGAACACAUGCAUUAAUAAUAAUAAUAAUAAUAAUAAUAAUAAUAAUACAUCAAAAGGACUUUUGAAAUGGAUACCAGUGUGGCACCAAUGUCCGGGCACAACCAAGCCGAGCUUUUGCAGAACCAGCACUACCGGUCAGCGUUACAUUCCCGAGAUCUCUCCGCCGCUUUCCCGAGGCCUCCCCUUGUCUCCUCCAUGGCUUCCGUACUGGAGAGCGGGGAGCACCAUCACCCCCACCACCACCACCACCCGCACCGCCCCCCCGGCAUGGAGCACACCCUCUCCACGCUGGGGUACGGCGGGGAGUCCCCUACCGGCUGUGGAAGCACGUACGCCACGCUGAGCCCCCUCCAACCCCUCCAGGAUAAGUUUCACCACCAUCAGCACCCGUCCCACCACCCGUGCCUGCCGGUCGGCAACGUCAUCGGCAGUUUCACCCUCAUGAGGGAAGACCGCGGGCUGGGGGCCAGCUUCUACAGCCCUUACACCAAAGAUCUGGGGAUGGGCCAAAGCCAAAGCCUUUCCCCGCUGCCCAACUUGGGGGCCAUGCACGGGUACGCCCACCUAGGCGCCGCUAACAGACAGAUCUCCUGCAACGGCUAUGAGGCCCACUCCCAUGCGCACACCGGGGGCGGGAGCGUUUUCUCCCGGGAAAUGUCGCCGCCGGUAAUGGGGGCGUGCCUGAACCGGAUGGACAACCCCCAAGUGCCCAGCCAACAGCACCCGUACGGCCCCGACCUACAGCACCACGAACAGCGGCGUUCCGACAUGGGAGGCGGCGGAGGGGACGUUCAUUCCGUCUCCGGCCGCGUCGCUGCCAGCGGGAUGUCGCCGCUCGGCCAGGGAGCCAGCGGGGAGGAAAUCAACACAAAGGAGGUGGCGCAGAGAAUCAUCAACGAACUCAAGCGGUACAGCAUCCCGCAGGCCAUCUUCGCAGAGAGAGUCCUCUGCCGGUCGCAGGGAACCCUGUCCGAUCUUCUGAGGAACCCCAAGCCGUGGGGGAAGCUCAAGUCCGGCCGGGAAACUUUCAAGAGGAUGUCCAAGUGGCUCCAGGAACCGGAAUUCCAGAGAAUGGCGUCCCUGAGGCUUGAAGCGUGUAAACGCAAGGAACAGGAACAGGGAAAGCUGGACCGGAACCAGGGACCCAAGAAACACCGACUGGUCUUCACGGACCUCCAGCGCCGGACCCUGCUGGCCAUCUUCAGAGAGAACCACCGGCCACCCAAAGACCUGCAGAUCACCAUCGCCCAGCAACUGGGGCUGGAGCUGACCACGGUCAGUAACUUCUUCAUGAACGCGCGCAGGCGCAGCCUGGAUAAGUGGCAAGACGAGGCGAGGCCGUCUUCGACUGGCUCCACCGGCUCGUCAGUGUCCUCCGCGGUCAAAGCGUGAGGGAGCUGAGAUCGCGAGACGCGUCCAGCUACCCUCCCACUACGUGAUCCAAAACCGGCACAAACUUGAUCGAACUUGCUGUUAACAAUCUGUUUCGUGUUUUUUUUUUAAAAUUAUUUUUCUGUUUCAUGGGUUCAUGCUUUCAGCUCCUACGCAUGGAUUCCUUUUCUGGUGCAAUAACAUUUUCAAUUAUUAUUAUUAUUUAUCGUUUGAUUGAUUUAUUGAUACACCGCGAUAUCCCCCGUUCUAUCAACGAUGCGGACUCCUUUGGGUUGGUCCCGGUCCUUCUUGGUUGGAUUUUAUGAAUUUUUUUGGGAUCACUUUGCGGUCGCUGGCUAGCAGAACACAUCAGCUUCUAAUAAUAUGCACCCCAAAUCAGCUGAAAAAGCAGAUAACAUACAUUCAUCAGCUUCAUAGUGUAUGCUCCCGAUAGACACAGUGUCUAUAACACAGCACAUAGGAGCUCAAAAAAGAUUUCUUUACUGUGUAACUGAAAUACUGGCUGGGCUGCUUCUGUUGUGUGUUUUUUUGGACUCAUUUCACAAAAGAUGUCCCCGAAGCUGGAUCCCUCAAGCCCGAGGAGGACCAUACCGAAAGGAUGGUCUUUUAACGCGAUGGGUGGAGACUUUAACACCGGGGCUGUUCGAUGCUAGGACUGCAGCAGCAGCAAACAGAGAGUCAUGAGACCCUGGAUUGGCUGGAAGAGCAGCUGCUCAGUGCCAUUGCUCUGGGAUCACUCCCUUCUCUAUUAGAAUCCAUACUGCGCAAUGCAGUUUCAAGAUGUGUUGAUUCAGAGGUAUUGAUGGCUUUGUGUCUCAAUAGUGAAAGCCUGGUGGCUAUUGUGUGCGUUACAAGCAAUCCAAUACAACUACAAGGAGCUAGUUCUAAACAGGACCAUACCACUAUACCACCAAGUAUGCUAUAAAUGUAAAGAUUUUAUUACAUUAGCAACAGAACCAUUAAAGUCAUCUUAUUUGCUUGUUGGGGGUUUUUUUCCAACUAGAUUUCUGAAAACGUUGCCUCCUGGUGCGUUCCUGUUUUGUAGGUCACCUUCACUGUUACGGUUCUAACUGGCCACCCGUGGUCCCACUGGGAUAGAGCACAGACGUGACCUACAGAACAGGAAGUGACCAGAAAGCAAACAGUUGAACGUUUUUGAGAAAUUCCAUUUGAAGUCCAGUGAGAAUGGUAUGAAGAAGGUGGGUUUCAAAGACUAAAACGUGGAAAAGAAAACAGAAAAAGGUGGACAAACGCAACGGCAACAUGGGAAUUCAUGGCUUGUGGACAAAUCCUUUCUGGAGGUAUUCAGAAGAAGCAGGACAGCCUUUUAAACACAAAUUCAUCUUAUUUAUUUAAAGACGUUGAAACAAGACCACCAUUGUUUUCUAAGACUUUGCCCCCCUUAUUUAAAGGGCGAGUUUUCCCUUUAAGUGUCCGUCUUCUAUUUGUUUCCACCCGUUUCCGGGGGAAACAAAGAUAGGAGAAGUUUAGUUCCAUGGAGAGGGGAAACACACAUAGAAAUCGUGCUAAUUUAUUUAUUUAUUAAUUCAUGUAUUUGUUUAUUCGUGUUUAUUUAUUUAUUUAUGAAUGAAUGUGUUUAUGUUAUUUAUUGAUGGGAAUUUGUAUUGUUAGAACACUGUUUUAGUGGUCUGUCCAACUACCAAAGACGAAUGCUAGUCACUGACUGUACCUGUAAUUUGUAUAACAUGUAAUAUUAAUUAUUUUUCAAGUCUAUAUAUAUAUAUAUAUAUAUAUAUAUGGAUUUAGUCCAAAACGUCCACAAAUGUGUGUGUGUGUGUGUGUGUGUGUGUGUGUGUGUGUGCGUGCGUGUGUGUGCGUGUGUGUGUGUGUACAGUACCAAAGUCUGAAUUCUACAAACAUUUUACAAUCAGAAACUUUUUCAUUUCUUCACGAUGCAGGCAUUAAAACUGUACCGUUUAUUUUUUAUUUUUUUUACCGUUCUUGAUGUGGAUUACGCUAGUGGCCGCUGGAGGCGAUCUUGAAACUGCCAAACCCGUUGCCUUUGCGAUCGUCCAAAAUCGGGGAAGGCAAAAACCAACGGGAAAUAGCACUCUGUAUGAGAGAGCAUGGGUGCAGACAGAGGUGUGAGGAAGCGGCUGCAGGUUCACAGUGAAAGCCAGUUAGGCUCAGCUCUGUGUGUCUGUGUUUCCAAUGGGACCGCGCGUCCUUUCCCUUCAGUGUGAGCCGGGGAACAUCAGAGGCGGAGCUUCAAAGCUCACCUGAGGUUGAAAGAGACGGGAGGGGGGACACCUGCUUUGUAGACUUCAAAGCGCAACGUCUUAGCCAAGCGUUUGGUCUGAGUGCGGGAUCAAAUAAGCUCCCACAUCCUUGUGUAUGAACGUAUCUGUUUAUUUAUUUAUAAGCCGAGGCUCCAAUAUAGAACAGGUGUGUGAUAGAGAAUUGAUAUUGGAUUUUCGGUACAUAGCUUUAAGUAGUAUAUGAUGGUUUUAAAGGUUAAACUGAGGGCACACGAAGACUCUUAUGUGGUUUGGAGCUUGGUUUUAGGAGACUGUAGGUUUCAGCCCACAAGUACAGAACGAAAGUGGAACAUUGUGCUUGCUAACGCGUUUACUGUCGCCGUUUUAAUGCGUUGCUGCGUUGCUCGUCUACCUCAACUGUGAAUUCUGUCCUUCCGCCAUUAUAAUUAAUCCGAUGAUCUUUACAGUCUCCAGUGCGGUUCUGUGAAACGUUCAUUCAUUUAUUUAUUAAUUUAUUUAUUUAUUUAUGUUUUGUUUUGUUUUUUAGUAAUUUAACGGAACAAAUAAUACGAUAGACUACCGAUUGCUGUUCCGUUGCUUGCGGUCUGUAAAUGACUACGCUAGUUUCUAAAGUAUGGUUCAACUACGGUUUAUAUGCUAUGUGUAUUACCUUCGUGUAUUUAACUAUGUAGGUAUUUAUUUAUUUAUUUGAUGUAUUAAUUUUCUGCCAACUUCGAGCUGUAAGAAAGAAAGAAAGGAAAAAAGAUUGGCAGCUCCCAGUGGUUUCACUACAACUCCCAGGGGGCAUUGCGGCAGCAGCGCCCCUUCUAUCUAUUCCCAGAUUGCGCGGGGAACGCUGGGAUAUGUAGUUUAAAACAAACAACAACAACAAGGCCAAAGAUAUUGUCAUCUGUCGCAGUGAAUUUCCGCUGUUUGCCGGUUGACUCUUGUGUAAAUAGACCCCCCCCCCC